ACUCCUCGUCCUGGGGGCCGGAGCCGCGGAAUAGCCACAGAGAAAAAGGUUAUUGGUUGGCGGUUCAGCCAAUGAGCGGGCCUGUUACUAGUUUGCGGCAUCCUGUGGAAUAGGGGAAGCGCUCCAGGCCUGGAAUCCCUACGCGUCCCGUUGGGUUUAGCACGAUGAGCUCAAUCGGCACCGGGUAUGACCUGUCAGCCUCUACAUUCUCUCCUGACGGAAGAGUUUUUCAAGUUGAAUAUGCUAUGAAGGCUGUGGAAAAUAGUAGUACAGCUAUUGGAAUCAGAUGCAAAGAUGGUGUUGUCUUUGGGGUAGAAAAAUUAGUCCUUUCUAAACUUUAUGAAGAAGGUUCCAACAAACGACUUUUUAAUGUUGAUCGGCAUGUUGGAAUGGCAGUAGCAGGUUUGUUGGCAGAUGCUCGUUCUUUAGCAGACAUAGCAAGAGAAGAAGCUUCCAACUUUAGAUCUAACUUUGGCUACAACAUUCCACUAAAACAUCUUGCAGACAGAGUGGCCAUGUAUGUGCAUGCAUAUACACUCUACAGUGCUGUUAGACCUUUUGGCUGCAGUUUCAUGUUAGGGUCUUACAGUGUGAAUGACGGUGCGCAACUCUACAUGAUUGACCCAUCAGGUGUUUCAUAUGGUUAUUGGGGCUGUGCCAUUGGCAAAGCCAGGCAAGCUGCAAAGACGGAAAUAGAGAAGCUUCAGAUGAAAGAAAUGACCUGCCGUGAUAUCGUUAAAGAAGUUGCAAAAAUAAUUUACAUAGUACAUGAUGAAGUUAAGGAUAAAGCUUUUGAACUAGAACUCAGCUGGGUUGGUGAAUUAACUAAUGGAAGACAUGAAAUUGUUCCAAAAGAUAUAAGGGAAGAAGCAGAGAAAUAUGCUAAGGAAUCUCUGAAGGAAGAAGAUGAAUCAGAUGAUGAUAAUAUGUAACAUUUACUCCAGCAUCUAUUGUAUUUUAAAUUUCUACUCCAGUCCAAUGUAACUAUUUAGCCCUGGAUUAUACAUACUGUCCAAUUUUCAUUAAAUUUUUGUCUUAUAACUA